AUGCGUUUCCUUGGUUUCCCUACCGCUGUCCUGGCCUUGGCCAGCGUAGUCGAGUCUGCUGCCCUUCAACGCCGUGAUGUUAUCCAAGAUCUACAGGAUCAAGCGAUUGCGGCAUUGAAGGAGGCGGAGACCAACGGUAGCCUUGAAAGGAGAUCGAGUUGCUCUGUCUUCAAUGCACCCGUCAGGAGGAAUUGGGACCAUUUGAGCAAGAAAGAGCGCAGAGAAUACAUCAGCGCUGUAAAGUGCUUACAGUCCCUGCCUUCCAAGUCCGACCCAUCAUUGGUUCCAGGCGCCAAAACGCGAUUUGAUGACUUUGUCGGACAGCACAUCAACCAGACGCGAUCCAUCCACGGCACUGGAAACUUCUUGACCUGGCAUAGGUAUUUCACUUUUGCCUAUGAGAAGACUUUGAGGCAAGAGUGUGGCUACACUGGCUAUCAGCCUUACUGGAACUGGUUCAGUUACCAGGAUGACGUUACAAAGUCUCCUGUUUUUGACGGAUCCGAUACAAGUUUGGGUGGCGAUGGCUCCUUUGUCGCGCACAACGGAAGUGUAGGUGGCGGCGGAACCAUUUUCCUCCCUUCAGGCAACGGUGGAGGUUGCAUCAAGAGCGGGCCAUUCAAAAAUGUCCAAAUCAACCUCGGUCCUGUGAGCCCGGCCAUGGCCGGAGAAUCCAAGGUCGCACAGCCACUCGCCUUCAACCCUCGCUGCGCAAAGCGAGACAUCACGUCGUAUGCAGCGAAGACCUGGCUCACCAACGAGAAUCUGCUCAACGUCACAAUCGGUGCUGCAUCAAAGAACAUUGGUACUUUCCAGGAUGAACUUCAAGGUCGCUUCGGUGAUGGUUUCUUGGGCCUGCACGCUUCUGGACACUACACCAUGGGUGGAGACGGUGGAGACUUUUACAGCAGUCCCAACGACCCUGUCUUCUAUCUGCACCACGCCAUGGUGGACCGUGUGUGGUGGAUCUGGCAAGCUCUACACCUUGACCAAGCCAACACUAUCGCGGGCAAUGUCGCUGCAUUCCAACCUAACAGUGCAAAGACUACCCUCAAGGACAUUGUCCAGAUGAACUGGCUGAACAUAGAGCCCAAGAUGAUUGAGGAGCUCCUGGACACACCAUCGGCUGUACAACCUCUAUCGAUUUCAAUGUCACAAUACAUUUUUGGAAAAAAACACAAUGCAAUGACGACUUCUAUUUCCAUCAUCGGUGCAGGCAUUGCAGGCUUGACGCUGGGCCGCAGUCUCCUACGACGUGGUAUUCCAGCGAUCUUAUACGAAAAAGCAGCUUUGAAGCCUAGAUUCAACUAUGGCAUCACUUUGCAUGCGACAGCUUACAAACCACUUCUCAAACUUCUCGACAUUGAUGAGGAUGCGUUCAAGAGACGGGUAGCUGUCGACGCAGACAACGAUGGCUAUGGGAAGAUUGGCUCAAGUGUAGAGCUUCCAAGUCAUGACGGCUUGUACGACACUCAUUCUUCUUUCCGCGCCAACAAAAACAAGCUUGAGCAGUUGUUGCGUGAGGGACUCGAUAUCCGGUGGGAACAUUCACUCGAGAGCAUAGAACCUGCUUCGAAAGGUACUAAGCUGCAGUUUCAGAAUGGGGAGACAAAUGCAGCAAACAUCGUUAUCGCAGCGGAUGGCGUGCAUUCGAGUACUCGGAAGCUCUUGUUGCCAUCUGCACAGCUUAGUGUCAUGCCAUAUACCGUCUUCAAUGGGAAGAGGAAACUCGAUCGCGAGACAUUCGACAAACUGUACGCGCCUGCCAUGAGGGAAGCAAAUGUCAUUGAAGCGAAACACGAUGACGUGGUGCUCAACAUUAGCGUCAACGAGAAGAAAGCUGAGGAAGUCAGUAUCAGCUGGAUAUACUCACGCGGAGUACGCAGUGGCUCAGAUCCACUCCACCAGCCGAACCGAUCCAAGGAAGACGCCAAAAAGAUUCCCGAGCAACUGUUCGAAGAAGCCCGGACUCUCAAUGGUCUCCAGCCCCCUUUCUCAGAAGUUUUCGAUGCGCAGAAGAUGCGCAGUGACAGGAUCCUUCAUUGGCUCAUGCGAACCCUACUUCCCCCGCUCUCAGACAUCCAGAGGCUAUCCGAAGACACUGGGGUGUGCUUCAUAGGUGAAGCUGUUCAUGCGGAACCGAUUGUCGGGGGCAACGGCGCCAACGCAGCCAUUCUCGAUGCGCUCUUGCUCGCGGAGCAGAUUGCUAAUGGCGAUCGGGCGGGCAUCUCGAAUUGGUACAAGGAAAUGUACCCGGUGUGGACGAAAGGAGUGGAGCGGAGCCGAGAGAGUAUUGCCAAUAUGCAUCGGCCGGUGAAGUCGGUUUCUGGUAAUCUCUAA